GCAGGGAGAAGAAAGUAGAGAGAAAGAAACAGUAGAAAUGGAGGAAUCAAAGGGAGUGGUGAAGCAUAUUUUGCUGGCAAAGUUUAAGGAUGAUCUCCCACCAGAGAAGGUAGAUGAGAUCAUUAAGAACUUCACAAAUCUCGUCAAUCUAAUUGAGGUCAUGAAGUCUUUCCACGGGGGAAAGGAUAUAAGCCCGUUUAACAUGCAUGAGGGGUUCACUCAUGUGUUCGAGGCCACUUUCGAGAGUAAGGAAGCUGUUGAUGAGUAUGCUGCACAUCCAGCCCACGUUGAAUUCGCUCAUGUGUUGAUAGCAGCCACAGAGAAGCUCAUUGUUGUUGACUAUGUACCCACAUAUUUCAAUCCCUAA